AACUUCGCGCAUUGGUAAAUCAGUGCAGGUAAUUCUCUCUCUCUCACACACACAUAAGCCUGUGCACUCGACACACCUCACCUCGGCAGGGCGUACGCGCAGACAGGUGCGGAAGCGCUCGCGCCAGACUCUCCGUCGUCAGUGGGGACUAUGCGGGGACUUAUUACGCACCUGCACAGCUCGGAGCUCGUGGCUCGUUUCCAAAGGGCAUGUGGUCUUUACCCAGCCACGAGGGCCGAGGAUAAAUCUGUCCACAGUCAUUCUGUGGACGGCCACCCGGUCCCAAACGGAAAUGCCAGUGUUCACAGACACCGAGCUGAGGCAGGCACCGGGAAGCUAAACGGGGGCACGAGAGAGCAGGACAGCAACUCAAACUACAAGUGCUCUGUCAGCAGCGGAGACGCGAAAGAAUAUGUGGUCAGGAGCCGGCCUCUCCACUUCCUCUUCCUGGUUUCGGCGGCUCUGGGAAAUGAAGUCUUCUACAUCUCCUUCCUGCCUUGCCUCCACUGGAACUUGGACCCCUUCCUGUGCCGACGCUGUGCCAACAUCUGGGUGGUGAUGUAUGUGGGGCAGGUGCUGAAGGACGUGCUGAAGCUGCCCAGGCCUCUUGCGCCCCCUGUGGUGAAGCUGGAGAGGCGCGUGGAUGCAGAGUACGGACUGCCCUCCACACACGCCAUGGCGGCUACUGCCAUCUCCUUUACACUGCUGCUCAGCGCUCCUCAGAGAGUACAGUUUCAGUGGGAGGUUGGUCUGUUCUUGGCGGUGCUGCUGUCAGUGCUGGUGUGUUUAAGUCGCCUCUACACGGGUAUGCACUCAGCUCUGGACGUGAUCUGCGGCGUGCUGCUCACCGCCGUCGUCAUGGCGACGUCCUACCCGCUGUGGCCGUGGCUCGACGAGGUGCAGCUGCACAGCCGCUUCUCCCCCGUGCUGGCGUUGGUUGUGCCCGUGCUGCUGUGCGGCGCCUACCCUGAGCUGGACCACUACAGCACCACGCGGGGGGACACCACCAUCAUCAUGGGCGUGGCCUCUGGCUGCUGGCUCGGCUAUUGGCUGAACCAGCAGCGGGGGCGGACCUUCGAGCCGGAGGGACCCCUCCCCGUGCCCCUCCCCUCGCUGACCGCGGCGAGCUGUGUCCAGGGCGCGGCGAGGUUCGCGCUGGGCCUCUCGGUGCUGCUGGCUACGCGGCAGAGCGUGCGCUGGACCAGCCUGGCACUGGUGUGCCGUUGUUACGGGGAGUCACCUAGCAACCCAGAGGCGCGACGUAGGAAGGAGAUCGAAGUGGUGUACAAGUUCGUGACCUACGCCGCCGUCGGACUGGUCAACACGGUGCUGGUCAACAGACUCUUCCUGCUGCUAGGUCUGCUCUGACCACAGAGCACUGUCCUCCGUGUGUUUUCAUACGUGUGUGUGUGUGUGUGCUGAUAGCCUGUACUCUUCCUGCUGUGCCUAGUAGUGUUUCUACAAAUUGUAGUUCAUUUCACCAUCAACAUGCGGCAUUCUGUCGUGAGCUAAGCUGCUAGCUAAUGGAGUGGUUUUCAAUCCAACUUCAAUGCUUUCUAGAAACAGUGGAGAGUAGGUGAUCAUUUGAGUGACAGUUACGUUGUGCCAGGGUGGUUCAGUGAUUACCUUUGUGUGUUUGGUUUGGGUGUGUGCGUGUGCCUUGCGUGUGUGUGCGUGCCUUGCUUGUGUGUGUGUGUGUGUGUGUGUGUGUGUGUGUGUGUGUGCACGGUUAUAUCCUGUAGAUAUGUAUAAAGAGAUGUUUGUGAUACAGCUGAAUAAAAGUCAUGCAAACCUUCUAAA